CCUGGGAAAUUUAUGCUUUAAAAAGCUUCUGUUUUGAUGUGUUUCCAGGAUUUGUUUCAAGAUGUAGAGCUCCUUUUAGCAGGUCUUGUAGUAGUGGCUUGUUAGUGGCAAAUUCUCUGAGCAUUUGUUUGUCUGAAAAAUACUGUAUACUUCAUAUAUGAAGCUUAGUUUCUCUAGAUACAAAAUUCUUGGCUAAUUGUUUUGUUUGAGGAGCCUGAGGAUGGGGCUCCAAUCCCUUCUAGCUUAUAGGGCUUCAACUGAGAAAUCUGCUGUUUAUCUAAUAGGUUUUUUUUUUUUUAUAUGUUACCUGAUGCUUUUGUCUCACAGCUCUUAAGAUUCUUUCCUUCACCUUAACCUUAGAUAACCUGAUGACAAUGUGCCUAGAUAAUGGUCUUUUUGCAAUGAAUUUCCCAGGCGUUCUUUGUGUUUAUUGUAUUUGGAUGUCUAGGUCUCCAGCAAGGCCAGGGAAGUUUUCCUUGAUUAUUUUCUCAAAUAUGUUUUCCAAACUUUUAGAUUUCUCUUCUUCCUCAGGAACACCAAUUAUUCUUCGGUUUGAUCGUUUAACAUAAUCCAAGACUUCUUGGAGGCUUCUUUCAAUUUUCUUAUUCUUUUUUCUUUGUCUUUGUUGGAUUGGGUUAAUUCAAAGACCUUGUCUUUGAGCUCUGAAUUUCUUUCUUCUACUUAUUCAAUUCUAUUGCUGAGACUUUCCAGAGAAUUUUGCAUUUCUGUAAGUGUGUCCAUUGUUUCCUGAAGUUUUUAUUGUUUAUUAUUUAUGCUAUUUCCUUGAAUAUUUCUCCCUUCACUUAUUGUAUCGUUUUUUUGGAUUUCCUUACAUUGAGCUUUGACUUUCUCUGGUGCCUCCUUGAUUAGCUUAAAAACUAACCUACUGAAUUCUUUUUUAGGUAAAUCAGGGAUUUUUUUCUUGGUUUGGGUCCAUUCCUGGUGAACUAGUGUGAUUUUUUGGAGGUGUUAAAGAACCUUAUCAUAUUACCAGAGUUGGUUUCUGGUUCCUUCUCACUUGGGUAGGCUCUAUCAGAGGAGAGAUCUAGAGCCGAAGGCUGUUGUUCAGAUUCUUUUGUCCCACAGGGUGUCCCCUUGAUGUAGUAUUCUCCCCCUUUUCCUGUGGAUGUGGCUUCCUGAGAACUGAGCUGUAGAAAUUCUCUCUUCUGGAUCUAGCCACCCAGCAAGUCUACCAGGCUCUGUGCUGAUACUGGGGAUUGUCUGCACAGAGUUCUGUGAUGUGAUCUGUCUGUGGCUCUCUCUACCAUGGAUACCAGCAACUGUUCUGGUGGAGGUGGCAGGGGGGUGAAAUGGACUCCAUGACGGUUCUUAACUUUGGUGGUUUAAUGCACUAUUUUUGUGCUGAUUGUCCCCCUGCCAGGAGCUGCAGCUUUCUCAGAAGCAUCAGCUGUCGUAGUAUGGAGUGGAACUAGUGGUGGGCAGAGCCCUAGAACUCCCAAGAGUAUAUGCUUAUGCCCUUUGUCUCCAGUUACCAGGGUGGGUAGGGAAGGACCAUCAGGUGGGAGCAGGGCUAGGCAUAUCUGAGCUCAGAUUCUCCUUGGGCAGGUCUUGCUGCAGCUGCUGUGGGAUAUGGGGGUGAGGUUCCCAGGUCAAUGGAGUUAUGUUCCUAGGAGGAUUAUGACUGCUUCUACUGUGUCAUGCUGGUUGUCAGGAAAGUGGGGCAAAGCCGGCAGUCACAGGCCUCACCCAGCUCCCAUGCAAUCCGAAGAUGAACACCUUUCUGCCCGUGGACGCCGCCGAAGAAGCAUCGUUAAAGUCUCUCUUCUCCCUGCCGUCAUGUCUAAGUCAGAGUCUCCUAAAGAGCCCAAACAGCUGAGGAAGCUCUUCAUUGGAGGGUUGAACUUUGAAACAACCAAUGAGAGUCUGAGGAGCCAUUUUGAGCAAUGGGGAACGCUCAUGGACUGUGUGGUAAUGAGAGAUCCAAACACCAAGCGCUCCAGGGGCUUUGGGUUUGUCACAUAUGCCACUGUGGAGGAGGUGGAUGCAGCCAUGAAUGCAAGGCCACACAAGGUGGAUGGAAGAGUUGUGGAACCAAAGAGAGCUAUCUCAAGAGAAGAUUCUCAAAGACCAGGUGCCCACUUAACUGUGAAAAAGAUAUUUGUUGGUGGCAUUAAAAAAGACACUGAAGAACAUCACCUAAGAGAUUAUUUUGAACAGUAUGGAAAAAUUGAAGUGAUUGAAAUCAUGACUGACCGAGGCAGUGGCAAGAAAAGGGGCUUUGCCUUUGUAACCUUUGACGACCAUGACUCCGUGGAUAAGACUGUCAUUCAGAAAUACCAUACUGUGAAUGGCCACGUCUGUGAAGUUAGGAAAGCCCUGUCAAAGCAAGAGAUGGCAAGUACUUCAUCCAGCCAAAGAGGUCGAAGUGGUUCUGGAAACUUUAGUGGUGGUCGUGGAGGUGGUUUCAGUGGGAAUGACAACUUUGGUCGUGGAGGAAACUUCAGUGGUCGUGGUGGCUUUGGUGGCAGCCAUGGUGGUGGUGGAUAUGUUGGCAGUGGGGAUGGCUAUAAUGGAUUUGGUAAUGAUGGAAGCAAUUUUGGAGGUGGUGGAAGCUACAAUGAUUUUGGCAAUUACAACAAUCAGUCUUCAAAUUUUGGACCCAUGAAGGGAGGAAAUUUUGGAGGCAGAAGCUCUGGCCCCUGUGGCGGUGGAGGCCAAUACUUUGCAAAACCACAAAACCAAGGUGGCUGUGGCAGUUCCAGCAGCAGCAGCAGCAGCUAUGGCAGUGGCAGAAGAUUUUAAUUAGUAAACAAAGCUUAGCAGGAGAGGAGAGCCGGAGAAGUGACAGGGAAGCUACAGGUUACAAGAGAUUUGUGAACUCAGCCAAGCACACUGGUGGCAGGGCCUAGCUGCUACAAAGAAGACAUGUUUUAGACCCAUACUCAUGUGUAUGGGCAAAAAACUCGAGGACUAUAUUUGUGACUAACGGUAUAACAGGUUAUUUUAGUUUCUAUUCUGUGGAAAGUGUAAAGCAUUCGAACAAAGGGUUUUAAUGUAGUUUUUUUUUUUUUGCACCCAUGCUGUUGAUUGUUAAAUGUAAUAGUCUGAUUGUGAUGCUGAAUAAAUGUCUUUAUUU